AUGGAAUUACGUGUUGGCCAUAAAUAUCGUCUCGGACGCAAGAUUGGUUCAGGAUCAUUUGGUGAUAUUUAUCUUGGAACAAAUAUUACAACGAAUGAAGAAGUCGCGAUUAAAUUAGAAUGUGUCCGCACAAAACAUCCUCAAUUACACAUUGAGUCGAAAAUCUAUCGUUUGAUGCAAGGCGGGGUGGGAAUCCCCUUGAUCAAAUGGUGUGGCGCGGAAGGAGACUACAACGUUUUAGUUAUGGACUUGCUCGGACCAUCGUUGGAAGAUCUAUUCAAUUUUUGCUCAAGAAAAUUUUCGCUCAAAACGGUCCUUUUACUUGCUGACCAAAUGGUUAGUCGAAUUGAUUUCAUUCAUUCAAAAAAUUUCAUUCAUCGAGAUAUUAAACCAGACAACUUUCUAAUGGGCCUUGGUCGAAAAGGCAAUCUCGUGUAUAUUAUUGACUUUGGCCUUGCGAAGAAAUAUCGAGAUGCACGUACACAUCAACAUAUACCCUACCGAGAAAACAAAAACUUAACUGGCACGGCACGUUAUGCUUCAAUCAAUACUCAUCUCGGCAUUGAACAAAGCCGACGAGAUGACAUGGAAUCACUUGGCUAUGUACUAAUGUACUUCAAUCGUGGAAGUCUUCCGUGGCAAGGUUUGAAGGCAGCAACAAAACGUCAAAAAUACGAACGAAUUAGCGAAAAGAAAAUGGCGACACCCAUCGAAGAAUUAUGUAAAGGUUUUCCUGGUAAGAUUUGCUUUAAAUGUCAACUUCUCGGUUCACUUGUUUUCUCUUUUGCCAAAAUAGAAUUCACAACAUAUUUAUCCUAUUGUCGUUCAUUACGAUUUGAUGAUAAACCCGACUAUUCAUAUUUACGACAAUUAUUUCGUAAUCUAUUUCAUCGACAAGGUUUUACGUAUGAUUAUGUUUUCGAUUGGAAUCUUCUCAAAUUCAAUGGUCAACGCUUUGAUCAGAACAGUGCUAAUGAUGAAGCAGGAAAUAAAUACGAAAGCAAUGGUUAUGGUGCUAGUGGUAAUUCGCAACAGCCAGUCUAUACUAGUACAAACAAUCAAGAAAGUAAUGACGUGAUCCUUGCUCCAAUUGUUCAAAAUCAAUCGUUCAGCGUGAAUGAUGAAAACGGUCGAAUAAACAACGAAAAAGAUGAUAAACGAAAAAAACUCCACAAAUCAUUAUCACAUCACAACUAUAAUAGUAAAAAGACGAUUGUCAAUUAUGAUCGCCUCAAAAAAACAGUCUCAACUGGCAAUGUCUUUAGUCGUUUGAUGCACAGUGUGUAUCGACGAACGCCGAAAGAUUUGCAUCAAGUUCAACCACCAAAAUCAACGUCAAAUAAUUCGAAACAAUACCUGCCCAGUGGAACCGAUGCAGGUCGAUCGUCGUCAGUGCGUGUUAAUAAGAAGUAG